AUGACGGAUGGGAGAAACCAGACAAUCCUCAGGGAGUAUAUCCUCCUGGGGUUGUCUCAGCACCAUAAUGUAGAGAUAGUCCUGUUUCUGCUUUGCCUGGGCAUCUACUCCAUGAAUUUGAUGGGGAACUCCCUCCUCAUAGGGCUGAACUGGCUGGACCCCCGGCUACACAGCCCCAUGUACUUCUUCCUCAGCAACCUCGCCUUCAUGGACUUAGUAGGCACAUCUUCCUUUGUGCCACUCAUGCUGGUCAACUUCCUGCAAACCCAAAAGACCAUCUCCUUCCCUGGCUGUGCCCUACAGAUGUACCUGACCCUGGCUCUGGGCACCACCGAGUGCCUGCUCCUGGCUGUGAUGGCAUAUGACCGCUAUGUGGCUAUCUGCCAGCCACUUAGGUAUCCAGAGAUCAUGAGUGGGCAGAGAUGCACCUGGAUGGCAGGACUGAGCUGGGGGGUAGCUUUUGCCAACUCACUGCUACAGUCUAUCUUGGUCUGGCGCCUCCCCUUCUGUGGCCACAACGUCAUUAACCAUUUCUUCUGUGAGAUUUUGGCCGUGGUGAAAUUGGCUUGUGGUGACAUCUCUCUCAAUGCGCUGUCAUUAAAGUUGGCCACAACCUUCCUGUCACUGACCCCACUCCUGCUCAUCUCUCUGUCCUACGUCUUCAUCCUGGCUGCCAUCUUCAGGGUACCUUCAGCUGCAGGCCGGCGCAAAGCUUUCUCCACCUGCUCCGCCCACCUCGCCGUGGUGGUGAUUUUCUAUGGGACCAUCUCCUUCAUGUACUUCAGGCCCAAGGCCAAGGACCCUGACUCAGACAAGCUUAUUGCCUUGUUCUACGGGCUCGCGACGCCCUCCCUGAACCCCGUCAUCUACAGCCUGAGGAACGCAGAGGUGAAAGCCGCAGCCGGAGCUCUUCUGAGGGGAGAGCUGCUCGCUCGAAAAAUGCCCCUCUUCCAGGGCUGCACUGCUUCUCUGUGGGCCCGGAGGGGCUGA